AUGGAAAUUCGUGGGCGUGUGGCUAUCCCCACAAAAAGCCUGGACAGAAAUGGAGUGGUCCCCCAAAGCUCAGUUGUGACAGGCCUCUUAAAGGAAUUGUUGCUCAUUAAGUCCACAGAGGAGCAUGGUUACUUCCUAGCAAUAACCGAACUGAAGAGCAUAGGCAAUGGAGAGUUUGAAGAUGAAUCAGGGGACGUCCUCUUCUCAGUGGCCUUUCACUGUCGCACCUUCCUACCUGUCAAUGGAGAGAUCAUGCUUGGAGUUGUGCACAAGAUACAUAGAAGGGGGGUCUUCUUGAGAUGUGGACCCAUGAAAUAUAUUUAUCUAUCAGCUCAAAAGAUGCCAAAUUUCUACUAUGCCCAAUGGAAAACACGAGAGAUCUUCAUUAACGAUGAUCACUCAAGGAUAGAGAAUGAUGUGGUUAUCCGUUUUGUGGUCUUCGCUGUGAGAUGGAGAAAGAAACAUUGGGACAUAGAAAGAGAUUUCAUGAUUCUUGCCAGUUUGGAAGGUGGUGGUGCUGGUGCAAAGUGA